AUGUUUGGGGCCGUCCAAUUUGGAGUCUUGGCGGCCUGUGUUGUGCUGUUUGUACCGAUGGGAAUGGCGGGUUGGCACUUGAGCCGCAACAAAGUCCUCUUUUUUAGCGGUGCCCUUUUCAUUACCCUCGCGGUAGGUGUUCAUUUGACUCCAUAUUUCCCGGCAUUUUCCAGUAUGCUUUCUUCGUCGCCUUCGUUAUCAUCGUUGCCUUCAUCGCCUGUUGUAUCUUCUGUAAAUCGGGAUUCUUGUAUCGCUUGGCUCCAUGAUAUUGAAUUUCAGAAUAAUAUAGAUUCAAACUCUAGUGUUAGUCAUACCAAGUCCUCCUGGAAGUGGAGGGAUUCCAGCAACCGUUUAGUGGAUUGUGUGUUUCAGAAGUUGAGUAAAUCUGACGCCUCUGAUUUGUUAAACGGAUCCUGGGUUGUAGUGGCAGGUGAUUCGCAAGCGAGGUUAAUGGUGGUUUCUUUGUUAGAACUGUUAGUGGGUUUGGAAGAGAUCGAAAGGGUUAGAGAAGAUCUGUUCAAGAGGCAUAGUGAUUAUCAUACUACUGUUAAUUCUAUUGGUAUGAAGUUGGAUUUUAUUUGGGCGCCUUAUGUUAGUAACUUGACGAAUUUCUUGGUUGAAUUGAGGGAGAAAAGGUAUUUCCCGGAUGUUAUCGUAAUGGGUGCAGGGUUAUGGGAUAUGUUGCAUGUGAAUAACGCCUCUGAGUAUGGUGUUUCAGUUAAGAUGUUGAAGGAUUCUGUUAUGCCAAUGUUGCCUGUUACUCCUGCAUUCGAAUUCGAGGAUAGGCCAGUGGAGGUUCGAUCACCUCAUAUGUUUUGGCUGGGGAUGCCGACAUUGGUUAACUCAAUGUUAAAUACGGAAGCGAAGAGGGAGAAGAUGACCGAUGAUAUGUGGUAUGCUUAUGACGAGCAAAUUUAUGAAAGUAAGCUCGUGCGCAAGUUUGGGGGACCACUUUUCUUAUUGGAUAUCCACUCUUUGAGCGGCAGGUGUGGAUCGCUUUGUACUGACGAUGGGAUGCACUAUCAUGGGGUCGUUUAUGAUGCUGCCGUGCAUGUCAUGUUGAAUGCACUACUUUUUGAGUCCCAGCAGAGGUUGACAUGA